AUGACCGCGUCUUUUCCGCUUCGUGUAGCGCUAACAUUGGUGGGACUCGUCUCUGGCUCAUGUGGUCAUGAGCAUGCCAGCGCAGACCAUCAUUCGCACCUUCGCUUCAAUACUCUGGCCGUAUUUGGCGAUUCAUACACGGACACAGGCAACCCUUCUAACAAUGGUACUCAGUGGCCGACCUACGCUGCUGGCUAUACUGGGGCGUCGCUCUAUUCUUUCGCACACGUCGGAGCACGCUGCUCCGAAGACCUCACGCCGCGUCCAGGCUCAUACGCGAUUGUUCAGAAUGAGAUACCAGACUAUCUUGAAGGUAUCCGAAACGGUAGCGUACGAAUGUUCCCAGAAUCCACGCUCCACACGCUCUGGAUCGGAACCAAUGACAUAGGGCCACGAUCCAUCCUUACGGGCGGUGAUGUCGCGCAUAAUGCAACGAUAGUCGACGUCACUGAAUGCGCAGUUGACUGGGUGUCAACAUUGUAUCAGCAAGGCGCCAGAAACUUUCUCUUCCAAAAUAUGGUGCCUCAAGAGCGCCUUCCGAUAUACCAGACCCAGGCCUAUUACACCAAGUGGUGGACUGCGCAACGAAACGCCACUUCUUGGAACAUCAUGGUGAAGAACCUGGUCGCGGCCGGGAAUGCCUUGUCGAAACUCAUGCUCAAAGCACUGCCGUUGCAUCUUCCGGGUGCCCAUAUUGGUUAUUUUGAUAGUCAUGGUCUAUUCACCGACAUCCUGGAUCACCCUGAACGGUAUCUUAACGGCACAAAGCCUUACAACGUCACGGGUGCUGCGUUUGCCUGCGUGUACCAGGUCAAUGAGAGCUUGAGCGACCCAGGAGAUUGCACUUCCAACUGGGGCUCCGAUGCUGAUAGCUUCGUCUGGUACAACGAACUCCAUCCCUCUGAACAAUCGGAUCGCAUCGUCGCUCGGGAAAUCGCGAAGGUAUUGGAGGGGACGGAAAGUAGAUGGGUAACCUGGUUUAGCUGA